UGACUUUGACGAAAUAAUUUUCCUACAAAACCAAGGUUACGCAUAAUUUAUUUCAUUUUGCCCCAAAGUUUAGAGAGAGAGAGAGAGUUUGGAUGGAAUGGAUUCUGGUGUAGCUGUGUUUGGAGGAGCAACUCUCACUCCCUCCGUUUCUUCCUCACUUGCCACAAAUGUUCGCUUAUUCCACCUAUCUCCCCACCGCCGGACCUCCCACCUCGCCGCCUUCCGCUCCACCUCCCAUCUCUUCACACACUCCUCAUCUUUCAAGAGCCCCCUAAAACCCCACAUCUUCCUCCCCCACUUAGUUGCUUCUCUGGAAGUGGAAGAAACUUAUAUUAUGAUUAAGCCAGAUGGUGUUCAACGUGGUCUUGUUGGAGAGAUAAUUUCCAGGUUUGAGAAGAAGGGGUUUAAAUUGACUGCAUUGAAACUAUUUGAAUGCCCCAAAGAACUGGCAGAGGAACAUUAUAAGGAUCUGCAGUCCAAACCCUUUUUCCCUAAACUAAUCAGCUACAUUACUUCUGGUCCUGUUGUGUGUAUGGCCUGGGAGGGUGUGGGUGUUGUUGCCUCUGCACGCAAGUUAAUUGGAGCGACAAAUCCGCUAAAUGCUGAGCCAGGCACCAUUAGAGGGGAUCUUGCUGUGCAAACUGGAAGGAAUGUGGUUCAUGGAAGUGACAGUCCUGAGAAUGGCAAGCGGGAAAUAGCUUUGUGGUUCAAAGAAGGAGAAGUAUGCGAAUGGGCACCGAUUCUAGAGCCCUGGUUGAAGGAGUAGUGUUGUGUAUGCUAUAGCUCUUUGAUUGAGGCUCCUCAUUCUUCCACCUUAAUCAGAGUUGGUCAAUGGUCAUUCAUUUUUGUAAUUCUAACUCGUGAGGAAUGGUAAUAAACGGUUAAAUUACCGAUUGUAACCACCUUUAUUUUGCAAAGUUCAAAAUAAAUUGCUUGAUUCUUCA